ACCAUAGUCAACCAUAUUGAUGUUCCUGUCAUUGGAUUGUGUACGUAGCGGACCGAGAAGUCGUUGAGUGACGCAAUUUUUCUCUUAGAAAUUUUAGAAACACAUUCACAAAAAGAUGAGUUUUAUAUGGAGUGGAUGGAAUUAUUUUGUAGACACUUUCACAUCUAUGCUGAAAGGUUUAGGGCUAUGGGGCAAAACAGGCAGAUUAGUAUUUCUUGGCUUAGACAACGCAGGCAAGACGACGUUACUUGCAGUCUUAAAAGAUGACAGAAUGGCCUGUCAUGUACCAACGUUACAUCCUACAUCGGAAGAACUAAGGAUCGAUGGUGUCACAUUCACAACCUUUGACCUCGGGGGUCAUUUACAAGUUAGAAAAGUCUGGAAAAAGUACCUUCCUGCAGUUGAAGGUAUUGUGUUCCUGGUAGACGCUGCGGAGAGGGAAAGGUUUGCUGAAGCAAAGGCAGAAUUAGAUAGUUUAAUGACAGAUGAAAUGAUUGCCAAUGCCCCCAUCCUUGUACUGGGUAACAAGAUCGACGUGCCAGGAGCAGCUAGCGAAGAGGAAUUAAGAUAUCAGAUGGGUCUUACCGGACAGACAACAGGAAAGGGCAAAGUUCCUCAGAAGGAUUUACCAGGCCGUCCUUUGGAGCUCUUUAUGUGUAGUGUUCUCAAGAAACAAGGAUACGGAGAGGGCUUCGUCUGGCUAAGUCAGUACCUCUAAAAGAACAUCCUCACUUUGAAAGAUGAUAGGACACAAUAAAUAAGACAAGUGGAAAGAAAUCGAAACAAUCGGAUCAUCUUGUGCAUUUCUUGUUGUUGAUGCGUUUCAUCAUCGUGGAACGCGACAGGAGUCGUUGGAGAACGUGUGGUUAUUGCAGCAGAGGCAGUAACCUGUCAUGCUUCCCCCCAGCGAGGGCACGAUACAUCUAGAUCAGGCUGCAUGUAAUCAAUCUACCGUGCACAUACUUCGAAAUGAGCUUGAAACAGAACAGCUGUGCGGUUGAUCAAUCUGUGAUCAUCAAAGGAGCAUUAUCACUGCGAUUUUUCAUCCACUGAAUUUUUUUUCUAAUCUCAAAGCAGUAUAUUAACAAUUGUUUACGAAGAGAAAUGUAAGAACAGUUGAAAAUUUCAUGUUAAAUUUUUCUUGCUAUUUCCUGCACAAAUCAACUUGAGGAGCUUACAAUACAAUAGGCUUUUUGACGGUGGUCCACAGACUAGUAGAAAAGUGGUAAAUCCAUGAAAUUUUCAACUCAUGAUCCCCAGCAUGAUAAGCUGUAAGAAAUUAUAUCAUAUUGGACCUGAUACUUUCCCCUGAAAUGGAUAAAUAUUAACUUAAUCAAAGGCAAUGAUGAUUUUAAAAUGGGUGAAAGUAUGAAUAGAUCCUUGCGAUUCUUUUGAUAUAUGUAAUGCAUUUGUCUAUUAUAUGUUCCAGAUUGAUCCCAAACAGACAAGUUUUUUCUGCGCUUAAUGAUUUGAUUUAUGUUGAAUUAUCAUUUGUAUCAUGUCCCACUGCUCUCUCGGCACUAAACAAACAGAUUCCUCAUCUAUUUGUGAUUUAUAAUAUUGCAUUCAUACUGGUUUUCACAUAUGUCAAAGAUUAAUAAGGGUUGCCCAUUGCACUUUGAACCUGCAUUUAACCUAUUCUGUGCUCCAUAACACAAAGGUUGCAAUGGAUUGCAAAUAUGAAAGAACCACACUGAUUGGUCCCUGGUCAGUAUUUUAAACCAAAUGCGCCUGUAACAUUGAUCUUGAUUGGUCAGUUCAUUUAGCGAUUGAUCGCAAACCUUUGUCUUACGAAGCCCAUAUCUUUCUUUCUCAUCUGUGCACUCAUUCUUGAAAAGAGUCCCUCCAUGAUAAACAAUGUGUGAAAUAAGGGCCUCAAUGUAUCAAAUAAAUAUUUCAUUAUAUAUUGGGUCCUGUUUCAUCAAGCUACUCAUAGUUAUGCACAAAUUAACCAAUGAACAAUGACUUAUUGUUUUAAGUGGUGCCUAAAGUUGUGUGAAAUUGUGUAUAACUUUGUGAAACACCACCCCGGUAUGAUACAAACGCACAUGAGCAUGAUGACCUGCUGAAUUCAAAUGUAUUCAGAGUGGGUGAAUCUGGCAGAAGCACGGCUGAAAGUGCAUUAGGUUAAUGCAGGUUGGAUGAGAUGCAGUGUUGUCUUGCAAACAUUCCAUCUUGCAUCCAUUGCCUUGGUCAUAAAACUUGUUGUUUUGAUAAUGAUUAGAUUUCUGUUAAAAGAAUUGUUCUCAAUAUCAGCCUGUCAUAUGCCAUGAUUUUUAGUACCUGACAACAGUAGCUUGUAACUUGCUAUGGAAAACAAGUUUUAUGAACCAGGCCCAGCUUUGGAACAGCUUCGUAGUUGACCCAAGAAGGAUGCCUAGUAUGAAUGUGGUAUUUAAUAGGAAGUUGGUCUGGCAUUGAUGACUCUCUGUAACUGCUCUAUUCUACGCUUGCUGAUCUAUUACUUUAUAUACUUGAACUCCACAUUCCCCGUAAUACUGAAUAUCUAGAUUUGCCAUUAUUUUUGUGAUUGACAAAUAUUGGUACAUCCUUGUUUACCAAACCUGCCAUAAUUUUGGGAAAGAUGUGAAAAAUGGAUGUGAUGGGGAGCGUGACAUCAAAUUUACAGUUUGUUCUGUUUUCUUAUGUAUGUAUUAUUGAUAUUUUUUUAUGUACAAACUCAUAUUAAUUUAAGCUUGCAUAUUUCAUUUUCAAGCCAGGACUGUUAAUUCAUCAUCUGCAAUUAUAUAAAGUCAUAUAUGUAAAUAUACAUAUAUUUAUAUAUGCCUAAAUUUAUUCUACACAAUGUUGUUUAUUUGCAUUAUUAAUAAUAAUUAUGCAUGUACAUGUACUCGUAAAUGCCAAAUUUACUUAUAGUGCUUAAUUUCUUCCACAAAAUAACACUUGACACUUUUCUUUGUAGAUGGCAUGCUUUGACCAAAUUGGAGGGGAGUCAAAAUGGUGAAAGUAUCUGUUGGCAUUUUUAUUUAAUGAAAUGAUAUUUAAAAGAAGUUUUGUACUAUAUACUGACAAAUUAAGAUUUGUACCAGCGGCCCUUCCAUUAGUUGUAAAUGAUUAAAAUCACAACUUUUGAAAUUGAUCUCAACUGCUGCAGAUUUAACAAAUGAACAGAACUUUGAACAAUUUAAAUCACUUGCAACUCUCUUUGAAGUGAGGACUUAGUGUACGUUUAUUUCCCCAUGAAGCAUUUUAGUCUACGAAAGCGAUGGUGUAAUAUUUGGAUUUGCAGGUUAUGUGCAUUACUCUGUCUAUUGCUAGAGAAACAGUAUAAGUAUUUAGAAGUCCUUGGUAAGAUAAUAGAAUUAAUUUGAGAGGAUUGGUUGUUCUCUGCUCUACAGAUUGUUCAAAUUGAUUUUUGUCAUUAAUCUAUCCCAGGUUUUUAACCUUGUAUCAGGAACAAUGCUGAGGGUGUUUCACAAAGAUUUAAGUAUGACUUAGAGUCGCACUUAAAUGCCUAAUUGGCGUGCAUUAUAAAAGGCAUGAUCGCACUGGUCAGAUCAUGCCAAGAGGACGCACUGCUGUGUAUUGAUCAGUAAAAUUAUGCAUUUCAUUUCAUGUACGGUCCGUAGUUAAGUGUGACUCUUCUUAAGUCAUACUUAAAUCUUUGUGAAACACCCUCCUGAUUUGGUUUACUCUCUAUUCUGAAUUUCUGAUGAAAUCUAACAUGAAUUGCAGCUUUAAAUCCUAAUCAUAAACUAAUUUAUGUAUUUAUCUAAUCUUAAUAUGGCAUUGUGAGUGCCACAAUCCCAUGGGUAUAUUGUGUAAAAAAGAAGAGUUACUAUAUUUGCCAUGAUACUAUACACUAUUAUUUUAGGAGACUGGUCCUUUGUUAAUACUUCUCAUAUAUGUCACAUGUCUAUCAUGAAUAAUUCAAAUAAAAAUCGAAUAUGAAAUAUCCCAUUCACGAAUAUUGAUGCGGUGAAUAAAUUAAACGAAGAAGACAAAAAUAUCCCUUUUCAAGAUACCAUAGAUAUGCAAGUGUAUGCUUUACUUUUUGCACUCUGGGCGUUGUGGCGUGCGCCUGUAAUCCAAGCUGUGGGGAAGUUACAAAUUGAUGCAGAGGUUCGAGGUUCGAGCCCUGGUCACGUCUUUCGGAUGGUGACGUUAAAGGUCGGUCCCAGACGUAAAUAAUCAUAUCUGAUUGAUACACGUCUGACAAAACUCAAAUACACACACACACACUCUCAUUGCACUGUCGUAUACCGUAUGUGCAACAGGUUUUAUUUCUCAGCAGCAGUUACCAUUCAUUUUGGCUGCCUUCAGUCUAGUAAUUUGGAAUGGCGCUUAAAUGGUAGAUUUCUAGUUUUGAUAUGUGAAAAUAAUUUUCAGACCCUCCCCCCCUUAUUUUGCUUUUGGUACCUUUUCUCAAGGUUUUGCGUUUUGAUUUUGAUUUUUUUUUGUGUAUGAUACAAACUUCUGGUUAGCGAAUUUAAUCUUUCUGUUCGAUCAAAAAAUACCUCCAGGGCCUCAUUGCAUAAAAUUUACUAUGCUGGUAACCUUUGUAUUGAAUGGUAACUUCCAUUGAAUGCUUGGUUUUGAUUGGUUAUGGAGCACUAUUGCCAUAGUAGUUACCAUUGAUUGGCAAUGAAACCAUAAUAUUAGUAAUGUGCAAUGAGGCCCAGAAUGCCAUGACUCAAGGGCCUGUGACAUAAAAGAGAUAAAAUUGAUAUUUACAAUUAAUUUUAACUUUUUGUACAUGGAUUGCCAAAGACUGAUAGAAAGGCACAAUUGAUAUUUUUUCCUACUGGCUACUGAUUACCAUGGUCCUGUUUUCAUAAAACUUGUAUGACAAAGUUGCUUUUAACCAAUCAAAUGCCAUUAUUUCAGUAGCUUAUAACAACUUGUCAUUGAUAGCAAGUUUUAUGAUACAGGGUCUAGAUUUUAAUUAUGUUUAAAGUACAGGGCGGCACAAGGGAGCUUGAUUUGGUAUGAGCUAGAAGAGAAAACUAAAAAUUUGAACUCAAUAUUUUCUGUUAUAACUUUUGAUUUUAUAUAGACAUCUAAUAGCUAUAGCAAUCGCAAUUAUAGUUUAGACUAGAGAUCGGUACAACUUUUGGAAACCUUGUCGGUUUGAGUCUCCAGGUAUUGAUUUUUUUGGAGAAAUAUUUUAGCCAUUUUGUACUGGGAUUCUCAAGAUUUUAUGUAGCCUUUGAUGUGAAUUCUGAAAAAUAUAGGGCUGAAAUUAAUCCAAGAUCCUCAAGGCCAUGGCAUUGUAUGCUCUAUCGAUUGGUCUCAAUGCCUCUCUCAUUGGUCUUGGCUACUUUUGGGGUUCUUUUAAUUAUUUUUCCUUUAUAUCUGUUGUGGUGGUAAGGAAAUGUGCCCUGAAGAAUAGCUGCAUUGCCUGAAAAUAUUGAAAUUGAUGGCAUAUCAAGUGUUCUGCAUAGUUUGUUUGAUCAUGGAGUAAACAAAGAGAUAAACAGCUACCUGAAGAUUACAUUUAUACCUUUAACCGCCCAAGUAUUUAAUUGAUCCAAAAGCAAUUAUAUGCAGCCUGGCGUUGGAGCUUGCCACAACAUUUGUAUCGCUGAUAACAUGUAAUGCCUAUGAGAGUACCGAAGUAUUGAUAUUACCAUUGCCUUGGUUACUGGUUCCAUACAAGAAGCUUGUUUGAGGUUUACCUGUAGUGCAUUCAGGCAUUUUUACGAACAGUGAACUGCCAAAGAUUCAGUUUCACAAAACACAAGUGUAUUAUUGCAGGCAUACAUGUACUAUAGACAUGUGUGUUAAUUUCAUAACACAAGUUUUUUUAGUUAUGCAUUUAAGUUUGACCUACCUGUUAUUUUUGAAUGCUGCAUUACUUGGGACCAGUGACCCUGUCAAGUAGUUCAACGUAAUAUCACUCGGAAGUGCUCUUUUAUUUUGAUUUAGUAGAGAGAUUUAGAUUAGAUAUAUAUCAUAUUAUAUUUUCAUUUUCAUUAUUAAAGCAUUAAAUUAUGGCAAGUUAUUUUCCCCCAAAGUAAUACCAUACACCUCAAUCACAAACAAAAUUUAAUCUAAUACUGCCCAUCACAAAUCGAAGAAAGUUUAUUUGAGCAGUUAUACACAAUUUUUUCCUCCCCUGAUUUUAUUUUCUGAUUUUGUGUUAACCUUAACACUCCUUUUUAUUCUUUUUGUGUGAAAAGUAUUAUUUAUCUUAUUUUCUAUUUUGAUAUGGGCUUAUUGAAAGUGGGUCAUGGUCGCAAUUUAUCUGUAAAAUCAUUUUGUCACCCAGAUAACUAUUUGAACGAUGUACCAAUAAACAAAUAUUUCAUAAUGAAUACUA